GCAAGCUGAGUGACAGAGGGGGAAGGGGCGGCUCAUUGAGCGAAAGACUGGAUGGAGCAGAGAAAUAAAACCAGUCAGCUAAAGACGGAGUAAACAGAGAGAAAUACAAGGAGAAAGAAAGAAGAAGCAGAAAACACGCUCGUGUUAUAUACAGAGGCGGUAUCUGGUUUAAAGACGCACGCGGAGGCUGAGAGGAGCCUUAACAAGCUGUGAUUUUUCACCUUGGCCGUACACGAGGGACAGAAGGAGCCAGUGAGGAGAGUUCACCGGCUUUAGUUUCCCCUCCCUCCCUGUUCUCCCUCUCCGCACCCUCCUGCCUCCUCUGAAGGAUUAAAGCCAUGCCCAUCGUGUCUGCAAACACAGGGCUGCAUGAGACUCUGGCCCUGCUCACCUCUCAGCUUCACCCUGAUGCCAACCAGAAAGAAGACCUGGUCUUCCUCAAAGAUGUCUUCAGUGAGAAGAGCCUCAGUUACCUCAUGAAGAUUCAUGACAAACUGAAGCAGUAUGAGAAACAGAGCCCGGCUCCAGUUCUACACAGCGCCACCUGUCUGGCAGAGGAUCUGGCAGAAGAGCUUCAGAACGGGCCGCUGGAGGACGACGAGAGAGAAUUGAUUCUCCUGCUGAGCACUCCUCACCUCAAGGCGGUGCUGUCAGCCCACGACACAGUGGCCCAAAAGAACUUUGACCCGGUGCUGCCGCCACUGCCGGAGGACCUGGACGACGAAUUAGAGGAAGAGUCGGUCAAGAUCGUCCGCCUGGUGAAGAACAAAGAGCCGCUGGGAGCGACCAUCCGGAGAGACGAGGUGACAGGAGCUGUAAUCGUGGCCAGAAUCAUGAGGGGAGGGGCAGCGGACCGCAGUGGUCUGGUGCACAUCGGGGACGAGCUUCGAGAGGUCAAUGGAAACAUGAUCACCCACAAAAGGCCAGAUGAAAUCAGUCAGAUUCUGUCCCAGUCACAAGGCUCCAUCACACUGAAAAUCAUCCCAGCUGUUGUAGAAGAAGACAAACUGAAGGAGAGCAGGGUCUACCUUCGGGCUUUGUUUGACUACACGCCCUACGAGGACAAGGCCACGCCGUGCCAAGAGGCGGGACUUCCUUUUAAGAGGGGGGACAUUCUUCAGGUUGUCAGCCAGGAGGACGCCACCUGGUGGCAGGCCAAGAGGAUGGGUGACUGUAACCUGCGCGCUGCUCUCAUCCCCUCGGCACAGUUCCAGGAGAGGCGCCUGAGGUACAGGAUGAAAAUAGGCUCUUUUCCUGCCCCCAUGUCGCCCAAAGCUACUACAUAUGAUCGAGCUGAGAGAGAAGACUGUGACAGUGAAGGUACUCUGAAUGGGAAGGACAUAGUUUCUCCCAAGAGUAAGGCAGCGCCUGCCUUCUGUGGCCAUACUCUCUCAUGGGAUUUUUACUCAGCUGGCCUGCGCAGAAGUUUUCGUCUAAGGAAAGAUCGCCAGGGUUCACCAGGAGAACCUCAAACUCCCGACGCCAAUCACAAAGAGUUCCUGAUUUAUGAAGAAGUAACACAAUACCUUCCCCGCCCUGGUGAUAGGCCUCGUCUUAUAGUACUGAUAGGUUCCCUGGGAGCUCGGAUCACUGAGCUCAAACAGAAGGUGAUCGCUGAAAAUCCUCGAUGUUAUGGUCUGGCUGUGCCUCACACCACUCGAGCCAGGAAGUGUAAUGAGAGAGAAGGAGUGGAGUACCACUUCAUCACCAAAGCAGCUUUCGAGGCUGACAUUCAGAAUGGCAAAUUUAUUGAAUACGGGGACUAUAAAGAUAAUCUGUACGGCACCAGUUUGGAGUCCAUUCACAGAGUUUUGAAUCAAAACAAGGUCUGUCUGGUGGAUGUGCAACCAGAGGCACUGAAGACUCUUCGAACUUCAGAGUUCAAACCAUACGUCGUCUAUGUAAAGCCUCGUAUCCAUGGCAGUCUACGGAAACCUCUCGGCUCCUGUUCCUCACUCAGCUCAGGGAUCACGGAGUACGACCUACAGGAAAUGAAACAGUCAGCUGAGCGCAUGGACGAGUGCUACGGCCCUUGGGUGGACUACGUCUUGGUGAAGGAGGACCCGGUCGGUGCCUUAGCAGAGCUGCAGGUCGUACUGGAGAGGGUGCAGAUGGAGCGUCAGUGGGUGCCUGUGUCCUGGGUGAGGAGCUAGCCUGCUCAACUGAGACUGUUUCAAGUUGGAGCGUGUGGAGGACAGAUUAAACUGCGGGCAGCCUCCUGAGAUUCUCACUGCUCGAGUUAUCCAGUGUUACGGCCAUAACCAUUCCACAUGUACAGUUGGCUGAGACACGUCCGUAGCUGCCAUUUCAUCGGUCUGAUCAUCAAGCACGUGUUCUUGUUUUAGAUUCUUCAGUGUAAAAUGGCAGUAGAACAGCUCUGUAGACGAGCCGUAGUCAAAGAUCGGCACUCUGUUCUGUAGGUAAGACGUCUACUGUAAUAGCAGCUAUAAUGUGAAGUGUAAUAUCGAGCAUUUACAAAGGAUACAAU